AUUUUCAUCCUGCCAAGCUUUUCGCAAUGUUCUAAAAGAAAUCAACGAUUUAGCGGGUCAGCGCGAAGUAGUCGCCGAAUCACUGGAACAACGCAUCGCACAAGGCAUACAAGUGCUCUCCAAAACGUUGCGAGAUGAACGAAAACGAUGUCUCAAUGAAGGCACCUCCCUACAACAGACACUCACCGCACAGUUGGGCGCACUGGAUCGCGCCAAACGCAACUAUGAGAAAGCGUUCCGCGAGUCGGAAAAAGCGGUGGAGAAUUACAAGAAAGCCGAUAUGGAUCUGAAUCUGAGUCGAGCUGAAGUGGAACGCUAUAAAAAUAUAAUGACGGCGAAAAUACAACAAUCGGACGAUGCGAAAAACGAAUAUGCCAAUCAACUGCAGAAGACUAACAAUUUACAACAGCAACACUACAGUGUAAUGUUGCCAGCGGUUUUCAAUCGCCUCCAAGAGUUGGAUGAGAAGCGCACAGGCGGCAUACGUGAAUUCAUAAUUGGCACCGCAGAGGUUGAAUCGGCCGUAGCGCCUAUUAUUGCACGGUGCAUGGAGGGUAUUGUUAAGGCGGGCGAGUCAAUAAACGAAAAGGAGGACUCCUUUAAAGUCAUAGAAAGAUAUCAAUCGGGCUUCACACCACCAACUGACAUACCAUUCGAUGAUUUGUCAAAGCAAAAUCUUGAUUCAUCAUCAGAUUCCCGUGUGCAGUCAAGUCAUUUCACCGUUAAGGGCACCAUUAGCACGAGAGUCAAGAAACGCCCAGCGAUUUUCAGCUUCUUCGGCAGCAAUAAGCCACAGAAGAUUUAUGAAGCCUGUAUCACCAUGAAGAAUUCGCUAACGGCGGACGGACAAAAGGAAGAUUUCAGCGAUUUACCACCCAGUCAACGGCGCAAAAAGCUACAAGCUAAACUUGCCGAACUACAACACAAACUCAAUCAGGAGGUGGCCACACGUGAUGGUCUGAUGAAAAUGAAAAUGGUCUAUGAAUCGAAUUCAUCGCUGGGCAAUCCAAUGACCGUCGAAGGUCAACUCAAUGAGUCCGAGCACAAAAUGGAAAAACUGCGCAUGGAUUUGAAAAAGUUCCAAGGCUAUUUGGAGAGCGCGAAUCAAAUACCAUUGGCCAGUAAUAGUCCGCAAGCGAGUCGUAAUCACAUACAGAACGGACAUCGAACAUCAAGACAUUCCAAUGGCAGUGCCGAGGACCACAAUGAUGAGGGUGAAGAUCAUCCCGAUGAUGGUGGCAGCUUAAGCAGGUCAGGUUCAGAGGAUAAUGUGGCGCAAAUACAAAAUGGGCAUAAUAAUAACAAUAACGGCAGUUCGGCUAGCCCCGAAAGUGGAUUGGGUACAUCGCACACCUCACUACCGGGUUCAGGACAGGGUAGUGCGAACGAGAAUGCCAUUGGCGAGGAUGGAUAUGAUGAGACGGAAAUUGAGGUACUGCAGCCGUUGGGUACAUGUCGAGCGCUCUAUCCCUUCGAAGCGACCAGCGAAGGCAGCAUACCAAUGAUUGAGGGCGAAGAACUGCAAGUGAUUGAAAUCGAUCAGGGUGAUGGAUGGACGCGCGUGCGCCGUGCCAAUGCCACCAACGGCUGGGAUGAAGGAUUUGUGCCGACUAGUUAUAUUGAAUGUACACUAAGCACUGAAAAACGCUGCGUAGAUGUCGAAGGCGCUGAGUCAAGUUCAAGCACACCGACUAUUGACUAUUUUGAGAAGCAGCAAAGUAGUAUUGUUUAAUUGCUUUUAAAUGUGACUGAAAAGUGGCGACCACCUACUACAGUAUGCAACCAACUGCCGAAUUGCCGAAAAUAGCGAGGAAAGAGAUAAGAUAAAUUAACGAGUAUUGCGAAAUGGUUUUUGUAAUUUUUUAUUUAAAUUUUUGGUAAUGUUAAUGUAUAAAUAAUUUAAUAUGCUGUGAAUGAAGGAAAAUUAUAAACAGUGAUACGAUUUUUCUGUAAAAAAUAUAUAUGUAUGCAUAUUCAUGAAAACCGCAGAAAAUUUGUAAAAGUAAAAGGAAGGAGUAUGAACUUUGCGAUGUUACAGCGGCGAAAGGCUCAUCCGCCGUAAUCCUAAUUAGUUUUGUAAAGGUAUUUUCAAAAUUUAGUAAGCGCGACUUGCACAAUAGUCUAAGGUAGAGAAAACAAGUUACUAGCAGCACUACUACAGCUAGUUUGGCAUCAUAAAAAAAAAUGCAUAGAAAUCAUUUACUAUCAAAAACUCACUCAUUCACUCACUAAUAAACUUUGUGAAAAAAAAAACCUCUUCAAUGCACCAGCGACACAUUCAUGCAAGAAUUAUCAACAAUGCAUAUUUUAAUACAUACAUUACAUUUAAGCGCAUAAAAAGAAUGCAAAAGUAUGCAGUGAAAUCGUAUAUUUAAACAAUACAUACAAGUACAUACUUACAUACAAAAAUUAUGAACAUUAAAAAGGACAGAAAUUUAAAAAUAAUUAAAAAAAAACACGAAGUCAAAAUAUGAUAUGCUACAAUUUUAAAACUGAACUACUCCAUGCUAUGGAAAUGCAAAACUAAAAAAAAAAAACAAAAUAAUUCAAAAAGCAAAUUUAUUG